ACGUCAUUGCGGGACGUUUGUCGUGUCGUUAAGUAUAGUGGUAAAAUUAUGGAUUUAUAAGAAAAACCGUUUAUUGGUUCUUAAAUUAAAUCUUGACAAAAUGUGUGCUUCAGCGUCAUCAUGUGUGUUAGUAAUAAGUAAUGCAUUAUUCUUGAUAGCUGGUGGACUAUGUCUUGGUAUUGGCAUCUGGGCCAUGGUGGACGAUACCCACCUCAUUUACCUGACUCCCAUUUUGAAUAACGUAUCCGAUCUGAGUGGCAUGAAUCUGACCUCGCUUAUAGGAUCUGUUUCCUGGCUUCUCAUAGUUGGUGGAGCAGGAAUGUUUGUCGUGUCCUUGUUGGGAUGUUGUGGAGCCUUUAAAUUGAUAAAGUGUUGUCUUUAUUUGUAUGUUGUUCUGGUAAUCAUCAUACUUGGCGUGCAGAUAGCUGCUGUUGCUGUGGCAGUGAAAUACAAUACCCAGUUUCAGAGUUAUGCACUGACGUUUUUAAAUGCAUCGCUGUCGGAAAAGUAUGUGGGACCAUAUGACACCUCCAUUGCAGAAUCGCUGGCCUGGGAUACAGCACACGUAAAGCUAUCUUGCUGUGGCGUCACGGGACCCGACGAUUUCUCCACAUUAAGUACGUGGAACACGACAUGGGUGAACCCGAGCACCAGCGCACUGGGCACGGCAACUAUCCCGGCCACGUGCUGUCUCUCCACCUCCACCGCCUCAUUCCCACUGCAGCCAACCACGUUUUUUGAUGCACUCGUAGACCCGGCAUGCCCCGUAACGAAGGGAAGCAGUCAGACAGUUGGUUGCUUUGAUGCACUGAAAACAUCAUUCUCCAAGUAUUUGGGCGUGAUUAUUGGAAUUGGUGCAGCUGUUGUUGUCUUUGAGAUAAUAGGAAUCAUAUCUGCUUGCUGCCUCGCCAAACAAAACGAAGAAGUUUGAGUCAAUGUCACAUGCCCCAGUAUCAAAUUACGUCAAACUGGAAGGAAGACGGAUGUUCCUACAUUUUGAAGUGCACAGAUGUUGCCAGAUUUUGAAGUGCACGGAUGCUGCCAGAUUUUGAAGUGCACGAAGAAUGAUUAUAACGUUUUAUGACAUGUUGAUUUUGAUUGUUAAAAUGUUGAGAAUGAUGAUGGAUAUGACUGUUACGUUUUAUGGAGUGUUCGAAGUGUGUGUGUGCGUGUGUGUGCGUGUGUGUGUGUGUGUGUGUAUUUGUGUGUGUGUGUGUAUCAAACUUCGAUCUCACGAAAACUUCGAUCUCUUGAUUUGAAGCGACGGUCCCGGUCGAGUUGCUAUACAAAAUAGUAAUAACGACCUUCGAAAACUCGAUAAACUCGAUCUCUUGACCUAAUUCUUUGGUCCCGCCAUAAAGAUUUAAUAGAGUAUGCACCUCUAAAACUCGCGUGUGGAUUAAUCAAACUGUCGUUGCCGAUAGUAUUUUAAAGACGAAUGUAUUGUCAGUCAUUUCAAACAAGCGAAGCGCGGCUGUCUCGGGUGUCUUGGCUGUCGAAGAUUAGGGUUAUAAUUACAGAAUAAUAGAUCGCCGACUAAGCGGAACGAAAUGAUCCUCUGUUUGGUAGUCGGUGUUCGUCCGUGGUGGAGAGCCUCGCUACGUAAUACUUAAUUACAGACACAGUCUGGUUAACUUCAACGAGCAUUUGUAAUAAUUGUUAGCGCCGUUUGUUUUUGCUCUCGAAGGUGUGAAUCGUGUCAAACUUUAGCUUUUCUAUUUAUGUGUCAGUUAAUGUUUAUCAAUUACCAGUCAUUUAGUUAUGUUAAAAAUUGAUACAUCACAGAUCGAGAAAUCUGGGGAAGGACCCGGUAGUGUGGGGUUUGCCAAAUCGGUUUAAAAAAGUUCUGCUUUCUUGUCAUCCAAGAAUCUUGCGUAGGGCCCAGAAAUGGAGUGUGGGUGGCCAGAUUGGAGAAAGAAAGUAGAGGUGCGAAGCGUAAAUAAUUUUGUGUAAAACAAAUGUAUUUAUAGUGUUAUUCGGCAUUCAUUGUUUUAUUUGUUAGGUACGUUCCACCAUGUUUUGACAUCUGUAAAAUAUGUCAACGUUACUUUUUGUUAUUUAUAUGUGUAUGUAAAUGCCUUCCUUUUUCGGUGGGGUUUUUUUUUCUGUCAAUAAAUACAUAGUCUAUAUGCCCAAGCAUAUAUUUGAAAUUCA